AUGUUGAGCAUGCUAGCCCACAUGCCUGGCGGUGCUUCCUUGGAUGUGCGAUGUUUGAGGUUCUGGAGCGCAGCCGUUUGCACAGAAAGUCGCGUUUUGACCAGGUCCAUCGGGUACGUGGCCAGCACAGACAUGAAGCCAGCGACAGUGCCCGCGAAAAGCCGACGCGGAAUCGACCACGAACCGUCGCUGUCAGCAAGAGCAGACUUUAAAGCUUGGAAAACAGAGUACUGGACAGCCGAGUACGGCACCACACGCACACAGUUGAUCCCGUUCCCACGGUACAGUCCCUUUCCAGACCAAACUUUGGGCAAUUGCCAGGACACCUCCCCACACACACGUUUAAGCGCUCACAAUGGUUCCACUGUUGACCUUUUUGCCGGUCUUGGAGAUGGCCUGCAACACGGUGUCAUAGUCGAGGUCGCUGGUGACGUCGACGGUUUGUUUCUCGAGCGAGAUGUCCACGUUCUGGACGCCGGGGAGUUUGGUCAGCACUCUGUUGACGGCAUUGGAGCAGCCUGA